AUGUUCCAGAUGGAACUGGAGGAGAUUGUCACAACACGACCCAGCUAUAAAAGCAAGUCUCCAUACAAGAAGAGGAAGGCAGACAAGAUACAGACAGACAGUGUUGUUUUCUUGGACCUGAAUUGUCUGUUUCGCCCGUUUGGCUAUGUGAACCCAUCACUGCGACAUGUGUGGUUUGUCAAGGACAUCUGUGGUAUCGUAUGUGCCGUGUUUACAUGGCUGCUGGUGCUAUAUGCAGAGUAUGUGGUGAUGUUUGUCAUGCUGAUCCACGAGUCGUCGAACAUCUCUAGUUUCCUGCACGGCCUUCUCUUCAACCUGUUUGCCUUCCUGGCCAUUGCCUCCCAUCUGCGGGCCAUGCUGACAGAUCCGGGAGCUGUCCCCAAGGGCAAUGCCACGACAGAGGGCAUCAAACAUUUGGGCUUGAAGAAGGGAGAGGUGGUGUUUAAGUGUCCUAAGUGUAUCAGCAUCAAGCCAGACAGGGCUCACCACUGCAGCGUCUGCCAGCGCUGCAUCCGUAAGAUGGACCACCACUGCCCCUGGGUCAACAACUGUGUGGGCGAGAACAACCAAAAAUAUUUUGUACUGUUUACACUGUACAUCUGCCUGAUCUCCAUCCACGCCCUGUACCUGGCCGUGUCCCACUUUGUCUCCUGUGUUGGCAGAGACUGGAAAGGUUGCUCUGGAUUGUCCCCGCCAGCGACCACCAUCUUCCUGAUAUUUCUCAUCUUCGAGGGCAUGUUGUUUGGCAUCUUUACUGGGAUCAUGUUUGCCACUCAGAUGUCAGCUGUCUGCUCUGAUGAAACUGGAAUAGAGCAGCUGAAGAAAGAAGAGAGGGAGCGACGAUCCCGCUGGUUGAGUAUGAAGGCAGUGUUUGGCCAUCCAUUCUCCAUUAGGUGGUUCUCUCCAUUUGCAACCCCUAUGUUCCUGGGAUCAGAGAAAAUCUACUAUUCGGUGUGA